CUCAAGUAGUAACUCAACCUCAAAGUUCCACGUCUGUCUCAACCCCGACACACACCUCCGAUCCCCGAAAUCCACGCCUUAACAUGCGUUUCUUCGCGGGCGUACUGCUCCUUUUCAACGCGGUAUCCGUCCUUGCCGUCUAUAAGGAUGAUGCGUAUACCACCGACUGGCACAUCCCACUCAUCGGCCCGUCAAUCGCUUCGGCAACCUUCUUCCACCGCCCAGAUGCCGAGUCCAGAGCUUCGCUGAUCUACACGCUCACCACACGGUCCGUCCUGGCCGCGCUCAACCCGAAGGAUGGGGAGCUGGUGUGGCGCCAGCAGCUGGCCGAUGUGGCCGGCGGGAAUGGCCUCGCACGUGGUGGAAACGGCGUCGUCGUUUCGGCUACGGGAAAUGGCGUCUCCAGCUUUGACGCUGGCAGUGGGCGGUUGGUCUGGGACAAUGAGUUUGCGAGCAAAGUUGUCGAUCUGGGGGUCACUGCUGGUAAUGCCGUUGCGGCGCUGUUUGAGGAUGGUGCUGUCAGGUUGCUUGCCGAGAAAACGGGAGACGUGGCUUGGGAGUGGAGAGGUCUGGACAGCAAGGAUACUCCCGUCUCGAUCCACGUUACAAACUCGGAGGUUAUCGUGGCCUCGUCGCACGCUGCGAAGCAACUCCACCUGACUACUAUCGCUCUCGCUACUGGACAAGCGUCGUCGCCAUCGUCGAUUGCUGCACACGUGGACAUUCCCUCGAAGCACCAGGUGCUCCACGGUGAUGGCAUUUUGAGCUGGACCGAGAACUCAGGACGGACCCUCAAGUUUGCGCCCUGGGGCCGCAAAGUUUCCCCGAUCGCCGUCGAGAUCCCAAAUGAUGUCCGGGAGACAUCUUUGUACGCUCUCACCGACAAGAUCGCAGUACACUUCAAGACGCACGGCGACUCGUGGAUUGAUCUCUACCAUGUCAACGCCGCGACGCAAGAAGUGAGCAAGCUCUAUGCGCUCUUCCCCCGGAUCGGUGCCCACAGCGCUUCUUCGCUCAGUACCUCCGGCGACUUGACAUACCUCGUCUGGAACCUUCCCGGCGAGACCAUUCUCUACGACACCAGGCAGCCCGAGGUGCUGGCCACAUAUGUCAUUCCCAACCAGACGAUCAACGCGGCCUUUGGGAUCUCGGAGGUUGCUCCGCGCCCGGACGGGGCCUCCUACGCUAUGCGCACAUUCGUCUCUUCAACUGCUCCUGGAUUUGUUGGUGAUUCGCACCUGAUCAGGAACGGUGAGGUUGCGUGGAGCCGUAAGGAGUCGCUGUCGUCCAUUGUUGCUUCGACCUGGGUCGAGUUGUUGGACCAGGCUUCCGAGGAAAUCGUCGACGAGCUCAAGGUCGAGACCCACACCAACAUUGCCGCUGCCUACGUCCACCGCGUGAAGAGACAUCUUAAUGAGCUUGUCCUGUACGGCCCCGACUGGCUGCAGGCACUUCCGCACAGGAUCUAUAACGCUUUCUUGACUGCCGAGACUGUGGACACCGAGCACACUGGCAAGUGGAGGGACUUUUUCGGGUUCAGGAAGUUUGCUAUCGUCGUCACUGCAGAAGGCGGUCUCGCGGCUAUUGAUGUUGGCAAGGGCGGUGAAGUCGUUUGGGAGGCUUUACUGGCUUCUCCUGAGGUCAGGUUCCAGGGAGUCUUGGGCAUCUACGAAGUUCGUAAGGGAACAGUGGGUGUGGUCACUACUGGCGGCGACUAUGUUGAGUACGACGCCUUCGAGGGCACCUUGUUACAUCACGACAAGCUUGCGGCUACUGUUAAGGCUACAGCCUUGUUUGACACCCCAACGAAGGCUAAGGCUGUCGUUGCACUCCUCGACAACAACGACGCAGUUGUGCUUCCCCUCGGCGGCGAUUACGGUCUCGAACCGGUGCACUUGUCCAUCAAGGAGUCGGCCCGUGCGGUCAAGGGUAUCCGUGUUUCGGGCUCGUCUCAGCCGGUUACCACCUGGACAUUUGUCCCGCCGGCUUCGGAGGAGGUUACGUCGCUUGCUACCCGUCCCGCCCACGACCCCGUUGCGUCGAUCGGCCGCGUCCUCGGUGACCGCUCGGUGAUGUACAAGUACCUCAACCAGCAUCUCCUGGUCAUCACCACCAUCAACCCGGUUCUCUCCACUGCAUCCGUCUACCUCCUCGACGCCGUGUCGGGCUCUAUCCUCCACUCCGCCACCCACGCCGGCGCGGACACCUCGCAGCCCAUCGUCGCCACCGUCUCCGAGAACUGGCUGGUGUACACAUUCUUCGGCGACAACGACGUCGUCGCCACACCCGGCGCCGCAAAGGGCUACCAGCUCGUCGUCUCGGAACUCUACGAGAGCGAAUUCAAGAACGACCGCGGCGCACUCGGUCCUGCGGCCAACGUCUCCUCCUUCACCACCAACGGCAAGCCCUACGUCCUCUCGCAAAGCUACAUCUUCCCCUCUCCGGUGACAAGCUUCGCCGUGACAUCGACCAAGCAGGGCAUCACCUCGCGCGAGGUCCUCACGCUCCUCGCGGGCACCUCGCAGAUCUACACGAUCCCGAAGCGCGUGCUCGACCCGCGGCGCCCCGUGGGGCGCGACACCGACGCGGCCGAGAAGGAGGAGGGCCUGUUCCGCUACACGCCCGUGAUCGAUAUCGACCCCAAGGCGGUGCUCACGCACGAGCGCAAGAUGCUCGGCCUGACGCACGUCGCCACCACCCCCAGCAUGCUCGAGUCCACCAGUCUCGUCUUCGCCUAUGGCGGAGACCUCUUUGGUACCCGCGUCGCCCCUAGCAUGCCCUUUGAUAUUCUGGGCAAGGGCUUCGGAAAGGUUCAGCUCGUCCUCACGAUCGUUGCGCUCACUAUCGGCACUAUGUUUGUCGCGCCAAUGGUCAAGCGGAAGCAGAUCAAUAGUCGGUGGGCGGCUGUGUAAAGCGUGCUGGGGGGGUUGGUAGAGGUAGACUGACUGAUAUGUGCCCCGUUUCGAUGAAAUGAUUUACACAUAAAUAAUUUACUGGGGCGUAGAGGGUCUGGUUUUUUCUUUGGCUUCUUUCGUUUUCUUUGGCUUCUUUAGCGUUUUUCUUGUAUGAUAGGCUACCUACUACUACCUACAGUCGGAAUGGUAUGACUGGAUUGGCUUGUUGA